AUGAGAUUCCAGCUCCUUUCCGCUUUCUUCGCCGUCAUUGGCCUCGCCUCUGCUACGUGUUACCUCGAUUCGUACCCCAAUACCUCGAUCAACAUCCCGUGCACGAAUGAACAGGGCCAAGCGGGAUUCUUGAAGAACUGUGAUACGCCCGAUGAAGGCUGCGACCACGCCAACGGCAGUACCGAAGGCAUCACGUACUGUUGUGCAUCUUAG